UGAAUGGCACCCCAACUCUCAAAGUUUUUGGACGAAGUCCUUGGACUGCAUUGUGUUACAUUCCUGAAAAAAGGCAAGGUGUAGUUUUAGCUAUGAUUGGGCGGACUGACAACUCAUGGGGCCCCCGGGCAAUAGGGAAUCAUGGGGCCCCUGUGUCCUUGCCCAAACUCAAAAAAGCCUAUGAAAAAGGUACCAGGGGCAUCUCAUGGGGCCCCCUACUGACCCUGAGCCCUCGGGCAGUGCCCCGAGUUUCCAAAUGGUCAGUCUGCCCCUGCCCUGUACCAUGUGAUAGCUGUAGUCCAAUCACA